ACGCACACACUCACCAACAUGAUCAUUUAGCAUGCCCUCACCCACUCAUCCAUACAGACGAUCAACCCUAUAAUUCACUCGUCCAUGAUUACAGCCUCACCACGAACGCCCCCCUCUGAACAGUCCCCAUCUGCCCUUAUACAUCCGCGAGGUGCAGAAAUCCGUGGUAGUUCCCGGCUUGUCCUAUAACUCCACGACUGCCGCAGAUUUAAUCUGAGGUAGAGUAUACGCAAUGCGUAACUACAGGGGGGAAAGUUUGCUGGAGAACAAAAAGUGGUGAGAAUACAGUACAGUACUUUUAUUGGUGAGAGUUGCGGCUGGGUGACUCGGCUACCGCGGAUUUCUAACUCUGGGCGGUCUCAGGACUCUAAAUUUACCCUCAUUCAUUUACUCAUUGGUGUAUUUUUAUCCAUAGACUCGGCGCUCCGUUCGGUUUAAGGGGCUCCCAGCAGCUGGGACGUCAAGAGGAACUGCUCUAACUGCAGUGAGAAUUUCUCGAGCGAGGAGGUUCUAAAGCAAGAGGUCUUCCUGAAGCAGGUUAUCUCGAGGUUUUAUAGAAAGAGAUUAGGAAGAAUUCCUACCAGGGUGAGGGACCUUAAGAGAGAGAGAUCCUAUAGGAGGGUGUUGUGGAGGGAAGUCCUUCGGAGAGGAUUCUAUCGGGAGAAGUUCGCCUUGGGUGAGGUCGCAUGGGAAGCAGCCCUAUCUGAGUGAGGUCCUAUAUAGGGAUCCUAAAAGAAGAGGUCCCUCUAAGGUAGUGGUCGAAUUGUUAUUGAGGUCCUCUAGAGAGAGAGGUCCUCCCGGGUGAGGUACUCUUGGGAGAGGUCCUCUUGAUUGAGGGCUUCUUGAGUGAUGGCCUAAACAUCGACGUCCUCUUCAGAGAAGUAUGUUAAAAUUCUUUCUCACCAUACGUAGCCAACCGUGCUAAUCGGAGGUCGGGGAAGCCUUCAAGAGUGCUCCUUACAGCUGAGGUAUUUACAAGGUAGGCCCUAUUCAGAGUGGUCCUCAAGGGAGACCAAGACCAGUGAGAGGUCUUCACGGGAGAGAUCGACCUCGGAGAAGGUUCCCUGUGGGAGAGGUUCCCUUUGGGAGCACCGCGCCAGGAGACAUGCAGGAGGAGGAUCGGGCCAUCCCUCAUGCUUACCCCAUGAUUCCCAACAUCGACUUUGGGCCCCAGGGCCGCCUGUAUGACCAGCACUUCGGAGAGGCGCUGUCCCCGCAGGACCUGCUGUGCCCCACGCUCUACCACGGCUACUACGUGCGGCCGCGCGUCUCGUCGGCCGGCUCGGCCCGCUCGACCCGGGGCCUCUCGGAGGUGCGCGCGGACGCGGACGUGUACCGGGCCCUGCUCGACGUGAGCCAGUUCACGCCGGGCGAGCUGGCGGUGGACUGCGUGGACAACCUGGUGCGCGUGCGUGGCGAGCACGCCCAGCGCCCCGACGCCCACGGCUUCGUGAGCCGCACCUUCACGCGCCUCUACCUCCUGCCGCCGGGAGCCGUGGCCCACGCGCUGAGGGCCCGCGUGACGCACGACGGCCUCCUGGAGAUCACCGUACCCCUGGACCAGACGGCGGCGGCCGGCGUCGUCGUCAGGGCCGUCACGGUGGAGAGGGACGAGGAGGAGGAGGAGGAGGAACUCGGGUCGCAACGCAGCGUCGUCAAGCACUGCGACAACCACCGCUCCACGCCCACACACAUGGGGCUGAAGGUCCCCUGA